AUGUCGGCCGCGCCAGAUGGUGCGGAUGCGGACGCGGGUGCUGACGAGACCCUACUCGAGUCCUUCGACAACCUCGACGCCAUUAAUGAGAGCACCGAACUGCAGUGCUUGCUGCAGGAGCACAUCGAUACAACGACCUACGGCAAUGACAGCGCCUACUGCCUCACCCACUUCGACUCGAUCCUUUGUUGGCCGCGAACGCCGCGCGCUACUUGGGCGGCGCUGCCUUGCCUGCAUGAGUUUCAGGGCAUCCAGUACGACAGUUCGCAGAAUGCGACGCGCUAUUGCCACGCGAAUGGCACGUGGGAGAAGUAUACAAAUUAUGAUUUGUGUAUGCACCUGCCCGCGCCCUCAACUGUACCUGAAUUCGAGCCAAUCAUCGAGUUGCCAACGAUAAUUUACUACAUCGGCUACACAAUCAGCUUAGUCUCAUUGACGUUGGCCAUUAUUGUCUUUGCGUAUUUUAAGGAACUACGCUGUUUGCGCAAUUCAAUUCACGCCAAUUUAUUUUUCACAUAUAUCAUGUCGGCGUUGCUGUGGAUACUCACUUUAUCCGUGCAUAUUUCUAUACGCACAGGUUUAGGGGGAUGCGUGGUCCUGGUAACGCUUUUCCAUUUCUUCACUCUAACCAAUUUCUUCUGGAUGCUGGUUGAAGGUCUUUAUUUGUAUAUGCUGGUAGUGAAGACAUUUUCCGGUGAUAAUAUACGCUUCAACAUAUACGCAAUAAUAGGAUGGGGUGGUCCCGCAGCAUUCGUUGUCAGUUGGGCGAUUGCCAAAGGACUUACGAUAUCCUAUGAUGUGGAGCAGUUCGAUAUUGGCUGCCCUUGGAUGCAGGAAACCUAUGUGGAUUGGAUUUUUCAGGGUCCUGUAUGUGCGGUGCUGAUUAUGAAUUUAAUAUUUCUACUCAGAAUAAUGUGGGUGUUGAUAACAAAACUCCGUUCAGCCAACACUGUGGAAACGCGUCAAUAUCGCAAAGCGGCCAAGGCCUUGUUGGUUCUCAUUCCGCUCUUCGGCAUUACCUACCUGGUGGUUUUAGCUGGCCCCAGCGAAAGUGGAGUAAUGAGUCAUAUGUUUGCUGUAGUGCGGGCAUUGCUGCUCAGCACCCAGGGAUUUUCAGUGUCAUUGUUCUAUUGUUUUCUCAACUCUGAAGUGCGAAACACACUGAGGCAUCACGUUUCCAGAUGGCGCGAUGAGCGAAAUAUUCAGCUGAAUCAAAGCAGAAGGUAUACCACAAAAAGUUUCUCAAAGGAUUGCUCACCGCGGACGGAAAGCACACGGCCACUCACCGCUUACUAUGGCAAAGGCAAGCGUGAAUCCUGCGUAUCAUCGGCCACAACCACCACCCUGUUGGGUCAAAACCAGAAUCUCUCUUUAAAUGUGAAUACCAGCGCACAAAUGGCGAUGCAACGCGGCUCAAACGGUGCUUUGCAUAUGAUGCCCACAGUCACGGCACUAACCAUUAUGCCACGGGCGAUUAGUCCGCUCAUGAAGCAAAGGCUAGAGGAAAAUGCCGUAUAA